AGCUGUGCAGCGAUGAGCAGAGUGCGCAGCGACGACCACUUGCCUCAUUGACGUCCAUCCCGGCAGGACCCCUGUACAGCCCUCCGUCUGCCAAUAUCGGUUGCCCAUGACGACAACCAUUGCAUGACACCUGCCUUGUCGCAGCCAACCAUCGAAUAGAAGAGUGCAGAAGAGCGCAACCCUGGUGGAAGCACUGCUAUGCGAUGGGUCUUCUCACACGGCUGCGCGGCAGUGGCGGCACCGUGGGCAGUGGCGACAACACCUCAGAGACGAAGACGUCAAGGUCGUUCAAGCCCAAAGCCAACGAGAGUUGUCCAAGGAGCAGGAGCAUUGCCAUCGUCACAGCCGACUGUACGUCCUCCUCAAAGCCCUUUUCUUCUCUGUCGGUAGCCAGGACAAAGUGCGAUGAUGAUGAUAACAACGUAUAUCUCAUCGGCGGGCGGGCAAGAGCAGGUACGGAUCCCCGCGAAGGGACGCGUCAAGCGACUCACGCCGCAUUUGACCCUGACGGUGUCGAUCUAGAACGGUUUGCUCAGGCUGGUUGGUCUUCAGAGCCCCGUGUGGAGACCUCUAGCAGCGCGGAACAAGCAUCGACGCGCUCCCGUCCCGGCUAUAAAGACGCACCACAAGCCACCCUAUCUAGGCUGCAGCAAAAUCGUCCCACUCCGCUCCGACUCCUUCAGUCCAAUGGCCGCACUUCAUUGAAGCCAAGUGCAGAAAUGAUCUCAUCAUCUGCGCCCUCGGCGGCUACUCCAGUAAAGACGAUCCUCCCGUCGAUACAGAGGGAUGUGCAAGAGGAAGCGAUCAUGCCCACAACAAGAAUGGCUAGCGACAAUGUGCGCGAUCCUUCUUCACCUUUGUCAGUGCCCACCCAUGGCCCCUUUCAGCCUGGAAAUAUGGCGAGAACCAUUCCCGGUACUGGUGGCCGCGUCAUUCCUCAAGGCGACGCAGCCGAGCAGAUUGUAGAGUGGAGAGUCGAUCAUCAAAGACAGAAGCCAGGUAUCGAGGCGCCCGUGCCAACCUCAGAGUCCUGCUCCUCGCCCGAACUUGGUGGUUUGCUACGUAAAGCGAGUCAACGAUUACUAACGGGAAGCAUCCCACGAUCCACGAGCAAGUCUCGUCUGUCAGGCCAAUUGGGCUUUGGUAAUCGCAGUUCUUCGUCUUUGUCCAGCGUUCAGCAAGAAGCCAGCUCGAACGUCAACGAUUAUUCUGAGCCAAACCUGAGUAGUCUCGGGGGUCGUCAUUCGCGAACGAAGGUUGCGCUCCGCAAGCAUGCCCAGCCCGAAGCGAUUGUCAUGCGCAAUGCUGAUGCCGACAACAAUGCCGAUGUCGGCGGCGAUAGCAGCGCCGGGCAAACAAUCAUCACGGAAAACGACGACGUUGGCUGUGGCGCCGGCGAGAGGCGCGGGAGUCGGAGUCAGCCUUCAGUCGAUGUCGGCCAACGAAGCGAACGCCACCGUGCGCGUGCCCUCUCUACGUCUUCCUUGCGAGAUGCGUUUGCCGCUCUCCCCACCACGGUCAGCCGCCAGACGUAUCGAGACGGCAUUACAAACAGAGAUACCGCGGCAGUCUUUGCCACAAAUGACGGCAGUCAUGACCCCGAGAGGGCGGAGAAAGUUGAGGCAGUAAAUUCGCGUUGGCGUCUGCCCCUUUCUUCCCAUCACAAAAAAGCUGGCAGGCCAAGCACCGGCGUCGACACACUAGGAUCGCGCGUUGAUUCACAGUCGGCCACCAAGGUGGCCUUCAUGGUCAACGAAUUUCGUGGCUCACCUGGAGAGCGAGUUCCGUCCCCACCGGCCACAGUGCUCGAGAAACUUGGACCACCACCGCUCGGAUAUUCGCCUCAGCAGGUCACAGCCCGAGUCAAGCUUGUUUGCGAAUACGUGAAAGAGCAAUGCUCACCAAUCGAUGCCGAUCAAGCGUCAGUCAGGAGCGGCGAGGAAGGCGUGCUGAAAGCAAGGGCAAGCGAGAUCAUCGCUCGCCGGAUUCGGAACCCAUUUCUCUCCAUCGGCCCUCCUCCUGGUCCUUCGAGUGCAAUGGCCGGUGACUCGCGGGAAACAGAGUAUCUUGGCGUGGCCAUGGAAAGGCUCGAGGAAGACUUCCACAGACACAUGCGUCGAGAGCUAGCCGAAGGUCUCGGGGAGGAUAUUUUCGAAGAACUUCACCUACCUAUCGUCUUCAUCGAGGCUCGUGAGAGCCUAGGAUUGCCUCUUUCGACGGCCCGGCUGCACAAUCUCUUUGAUCUACCCAAUUUCAUUGUUCGAACUUCGCCGCUCCGCCAAGUCGAUUCUCGCAAUCCCAAAUCAGCACACGGUCUUUCGCAUCCUCCCUCGAGCUGGAUGAGUAGCAACAAUGGACUCGGUGGCAGUCAGAGAGUCACAGGAUCUUUAACCCCAGCUCCUCGAAAAAGACGACGACCGAAGACUGCACCUCAAGGCUCCACCCUGAGCCUACCCGGUACUCUCGAUGGCGCCUCGUACGCAGGCGAGGAGGCCCUUGAACAGAGUAGAUCCGAAGCACGUAAGGAGGACGAGGCUGCGAAAAUCCCGAAAGCGGAUUUCGAAGAUGUUUAUUCAGCAUCCGACGGGAGCAGUGGACUUCAAAGCAUGGCCAUACCUCCACCUGCAGCAGGUCCUCUUCAUGACUCGGCGGAUACAAGAGGCCAAAGCAUGGUGCCUGGGGUACUCUUGCCUUCCUCGUUCAGCUCUCGAUCCCGCUCGCCUUUGACUCUAGGUCGUCAACAACAUCUUCCAUAUUCUGGCUUUUCCCGUUCACAAAGAAGCGUCGGCAAGAUUGACGAUGUGGUUGGUCCGACUCAGGAUGUCGGCACGAUUGAUCAUCGACUUUCGGGAGAGACGCAGACCUCGGUUACAGAAUGCCCCGAGAUUUUUCGUCCGCAUGCCCUGCGUUCCCAUCCACCUAUAUCUUCCUGCGACCAAACAGGCGAGCACAGCAGGGACCCGGACUUGCGCUCUGACCAGUCCCAGCACACGCUCGUGUCUCUCGAUCAUAAUUCGCAACAUUCGCACACCUACGUCCGAUGGUAGUCGGUGUUGCCUCAUUGAAGGUUGCAUCGGCUCACAUCGGCUCACAUCUUCGUAUCUGCGCCCACGUUCACGCUCUUCCGCCUGUCCUAUUAAUGUGUUCAUUUGUCGUCCUGUACUAUUGUUUCAUCAUCGCAAUGCAUUCAUUUCCGACC